GGUGGCGUGCUGUGCGCAAAAUAUAGCUUCGCUUGGCGGAGGGACAGAAAGUCGACAGCGUCGGUCAGAAACAGCAUUUUGGCCAAGGUUUUCUCAAGUUGGUCCUUUGGGCACGGGCACUGACGGAAAAUCACAAGAGGAGCGCCACCUGGACAGUCUGGAUUUACUCUUGGUGGUUUUUCUCAAUCCUGCGCGAGCUGAAAAUUGGCAUUGAAAACAUUGCCGGCGGAAAGUGAAGCAACCCGGGUAGGAAAUAUCGCCUGGCGCGGUGACCGAUAGGAUAGCGCUCGAUUGCGAAACGCAAGCUCAAAGCGGAAUCUGACAGGGCGACAAAGUCGAAGUGAGGAUCCCAGCGCGAGAGUUCAAGCGGCGAAAGCGGCGCCAGCAGCAGCGAAGUUUCCCAGCCUGCCGUGUAGCUUCAGGUGGCGUCGAAAAGUCCCGUAGAUUGCUCCUUAGCGAGGCGACUGCUGAGUAAGACUGCUAGGUCACUAGUCUAUAAGCAGGACCUCUACCUAUUUAAGACAUAUCCUGUCAUUCGUAAGAAUACAGAUAGAAGCUGUUAAAAGGCCGCAGCAUGAGUGAUAAGAAUAAGGACGACGACAUCUGCCGCGACUUUCUGCGGAACGUCUGCCGGCGAGGCAAGCGGUGCAAGUACCGCCAUCCCGACGAGGGCGAAGGUGCUGGUGGCCAACAGAAGCAAUCUUACGCCUUCUGUCACGACUACCAGAACAAGGGCUGUGAUAGGAACAACUGCAAGUUCAUCCACUGCACAAGGGAAGAAGAGGACUUCUACAAGCAGACUGGAGAGCUGCCGUCUAGUCUACAGAAGCAGACAGGCGUGGGUUCGGGCGGCGUAGGGGCUGGAAUGCUUGGGUUAGGCGCUAGUAACGGCGGCGGAUCGUUGGGGGGCGGAGACAUACCAAUUGGCCGUGACUUUCUGAAGAAUGAGUGUCACCGUGGUUCCAAGUGUAAGCUUCGCCAUAUGGCCCAAGAUGAGUACGACUAUCCCUUGAGUUCACGUGACUCACUAGCACCGGAGCCACCCCUGCCGUCCUACACCUCUCGGUACGACUCGUACGAACCCCGCUACGAUGAUUAUGAGUACGAUCGCCUUCGGCUGAAGCGACGCAGAGAUGACCUGGACUUCGACUACCGUGAACGGGAACGCGACUACGAACCUCCACGGCCACGCCCUCUGGACUACCGAUUCCUUGAAGACGAAAACAUCAUGCUCCGUAGAAAGAUCGACGAGUUGAAGAAGCAGGUGUCCGAUCUCCAGGCGACCAACGAAGUCCUGCUCGAGCAGAACGCACGCUACCGAACCGAGCGGGCGCUGCAGCGGUCCGGCACCCCGCCUCGCUCCGAAAACCUCCCCGUCACUAACUAUAACCACGGUAUAAUCUCCCAAGCCAUCACGCACACCAUCAGCCAUGCUAGCGUAACCAACCCACAGAUUCCACAGGCACCUAGCGUAACGCAGCUCAACAGCGCAUCCCUAAACCAAGCUCAGUCGCGAGGGCUCGCCCAGGACCUGCUGUCCGGGCCUAACGCCGCCGCCGCCUCUGCAGCAGCUAUCCCCAUUUCCCACCAAGGUAGCACCUUGCCCGUGUCUGUGGCACAGGCCAUCGCUUCAGUCGCGCAGCAGGGUUUGGUGUCUUACCCUAUCAUGACUGGUAACAUGCGAACCGCCAUGGCACAGAGCAGCUUGUCCCAGAGCUUGCCCCAACACUAAACACGGCCUAACACCAGUGGCAUUACCUUUACCGUUUCCAUGCGCAGUACAUAUUUCGGUUUCCAUCAUAUUCAGAUGAUGAUGGUCGUCUGCAUUCAAUUGUUGGCUAAAAGGCUAGUUUGUUAAUGUUUCGAAGAGGGCAAAGGACAACUAUAACGUCAACAACAGGGUAGCGAUGAUGUCUUUAAUGCUGUAGGCUUGAGGUGUUGAAUGUCCUCAUCGUACUUACGCAACCACCUCUUUUUGUAUUUUGGGGUGGAGUUUCGUUUGAGUCUGUAUAAACCGUAGACAGUUGCGCGUCCUGAAUGCUGCAAGAAGCCCUGUGUAUCGUUACCAUGUCUCUUCACAGUGCCCAGAUGUAAUUUUUGUAUGCUUGUAUUAGCGUCAUAUUUAGAGAUUGUUUUAUACAUGUUUGAUCUAUCUUUAUUUCUUUUCUGUUUUACUCAAGAUCGAUCUAUAGACGGGGUAGAUUGGUAAAAAAGGGGAAAACUUCUAUAUUACCAUACCAUACUAAACAGUACAAUAGAGUAAGAAUAGAGUUAUGCGUCCAGUAUUUUCGCUGUACUGGUAAGAAGCAAUGUAUGUAGCAGCAUAUUGGCUUUUGUUUGUAUUUUCAAUAUGGUGUUACAUGUAGUGCUAUAGUGAAUACCGCUACCAACAGUAGUGAAAUCAAACUUUUAUAUCUAUUUAGUUUGGUUGUCUUGCGAAUGUACGCGAACCACGGGAAGAGCACAGUCAGGUCAACAAAACCCACGAGAUGACUGAAAGCGUCUGUAUAGCAGGAAAGAAUGUGAGUGUAGCAUAUACUUGACUCCAAAAUAACGUUUCAUCACAGCCUUCAUAAGCAACACAGUGUCAUAUCUUUAUUAGAGUGCAUAAGUAUAGCUGCAACUCGUGUUUAUAAUUUUUUUAUUGUUGUAGGUGACAUAAAUUUUAUGUAACGGAUAGCCACGGGCCUACAGUUAUGUUCUGUCUUUAACAAUUGUGAUAUUCUCACAGCUGUUUUGCAACGUAUGUAAGUCGUUCGGGUAACAUUUCACAGCUUCUUGUAACAUUUUUAAAAUCGUUUAUAUACACCUUCCUUGAUCAUUCCUUUCCGAAAUGUGGCGACCCUACGAGUACGCCUUUUGUAGAAAAUCAGUAUACAGUGGACAAGUACACUACUGAUAGUUUCCGUGUGGUGAACAAUUUAAUCUGUUAAUUUCGUGUAGGAUGAAAACUCUUAACAUGGUCGCGUAGUCACAUUGGGGCCCAAGCUGUAAUGCCCUGGCUGCAUUCCAGACCUGCUCGAAGCGCAAGUUGCUUCGUAUAGUAUACUGUGCGAUGGAAGCAGUUGUGAAUUCUCGUCCUUUAUUUUACCACUUUCACUAGUUGUAAUUAAAGGUUAACAGAAACGAUAUGAAAAGAAAAUUGUUUGUUUUUAGUCUUGGGCUUCACUGUGACACGGGAGUCGUGUCUACCUCUCUUGCUGCACAGAAAAUAGUUUGUACCAUUACUCGUUAUCAGUGACAUGACCGGCUUAUAAUGCCUGGGAUUUACGAAAUGUGUAGAUGGUGUAUUGAUAUACGAGAAAAGUGUAUUUUCCGAUUAGCUCCUAAAUACAGGAGUCAGUGGACAGAAAUGUCUGUCAAUGGACCAAUAGGACUAUUCGUAAGCAGUUGGUCAAUUAAAACGUGUGCUGUAUUAAUGA